GAGAGCAUUCACAGUGAAGCUCACUUUACCUGUAGGUCAGGUGAGAGGGAGGGAAGAGAGAGGCAGGCUGGAUCCGCACUAUGCUGAGGGAGUCCCCUCACCUGGAAAGAUGUACGUGAGCUACCUGCAGCUGGAUAAGGACCCGGCGAUGUACCCGCACCAGAACCCGGUGUCCCGCCACCCGGGCCUCAGCCUCAGCCCGCAGAACUUCGCGGUCCCGGCCCCGCCGCAGUACCCGGACUUCUCCAGCUACCACCACCACCACCACCACCACCCCGGCCUCAACAACGAGCUGCACGCAGCCCAGCAGGCCGGCCCGGGGCCCGGCGGCUGGAGCCCGGCAUACCCGCCUCCUCCGCCGCGGGACGAGUGGUCGUCGCACCAUUACGCAGCGGCGGCAGCGGCCGCCGCGGCCGGGGGGCCUCCCGCGGUGUCCACCGUGUCCGGCCCCAGUUUGGGCUUCAGCCCCCCGGAGUUCACCGGACAGCCACCCGCGCUGAUGCCCACGUCCCUGAACGCGUCGGCGGGACAGCAGUCCCCCGGAUCCCCGCAGAGGAGGAACCCGUACGACUGGAUCCGACGCAGCUCCGUACCGCCCACCAACCCCAACGGGAAGACGCGGACCAAAGACAAGUACCGGGUGGUUUACACCGACCACCAGCGGCUGGAGCUGGAGAAAGAGUUUCACUACAGCAAAUACAUCACCAUCAGGAGGAAGGCGGAGCUCGCCACAGCGCUGGGCCUGUCAGAGAGACAGGUGAAGAUCUGGUUCCAGAACCGCCGGGCCAAGGAGCGCAAGAUCAACAAGAAGAAGCUCCAGCAGCCAGCCUCCUCCACCACCACACCCACCCCUUCUACCGCCACCAACGGAGGCGGCGGCAGCGGCCUCCACGGAAACGGUGGGAGUAGUGCCGCCAUGGUGACGAGCAGCAGCGGCGGCAGUAAUGGGCUGCUGUCUCCUUCCUCUAUGCCUUUAAACAUCAAAGAGGAGUACUGA